ACUCGAGUCCCACGAGCCUCAACAACACUUGCUCGGAGAUAGCGCACUCCAAGACUUCAACCCGAAGGAAAAUACCUUUCCUUCGUACAACCAAGGGAAACAAGCUUCCCUUAACGUGUAUACAACACUAAGACACUCAAGAACAAGACUCUCCUUAAGAGUGGAUAUGAACUCUGAUGGGGAAGAUUAUUAUGAACCUCAUGGUGAUCACGAUGACUAUGACCGCAAUGGGCCUAUAUACGACGAUCAACCUGAUCCUCUCGUCGAAGAAAUAAUAAGAUUAGAACAGAAAAUCUUCUAUUUCGACGAAGUUUUAUUCGCUGAAGGCUCCUGGUAUGAACCACCCUACUCCCGUGACUCUACCCUGUUUGCUGAAGAACAAAUUGAAGCAAACAAGGUGGCAAUUCGAGAAAGAGCAAAACUUCUCGAAUCAGUCCGGAAGGAAAAGGAGUUUGAAAAGAGAUUAUGCGAAGGAUCAGAUAUGAUGCAGAAAAUGCUAGAUGACUUCCAAAGAGAGAGACUAGAAGCUAAGGCUAAAGCUGAUAAAUUAGUCAAUGAUCUCUGCAAGGCUGUUGAACUUAAACGCUCCCUCCCAUCUCAAGAUCAAAUGAGGGAGAUUAAUGUUCAAAAAGAGGCUCUAGAACCUAAGACCAACCCUGAACCCAUCAACCAACAGGUUCCAGUUCUAGAAGAUUCACCCAAUUUUACACCAUCACAGAAACCCGAGAGCAUAAAAAAUCUUGCUAGGGCUACUGUGGUGAUGUUACCUGAAUCCCUGCCUAGCCAAGUCCCAACCAUCAUAGUCGUACAGAAGGUGGAACAAACUGAGGGACCUGACUCAGAACCACCUAUGCUUAUUCAAGAACAGAAGAAGGAUGAAGUUUUGCCUAUGGCAAUAAGCGACCAUCUCCUUAAUUGUGUUGAAGACACGCCUCCAGAGGAACCUAUUCUAGAGGAGAUAGAGCCCACUACCUGCCCCCAAGAUUCCAACGUUCAAGAGUCUGAGGAGGAAUCUAUAGACGAAGAAAUACCUAGCACAGAGGAACCAAUAACGACUAUAGAUAAUCAUGCUUCAUCAGAAGACUUAGACCAAACUUUCUUUGACUCCCUACUUGACGAGUGUGAUUUUGUCUGCCUGAAGGAUAGUUGGAGCCAAAAGAGUUGGGAUGAACUUCUGGUAAGUGACACUGAAGACUCAUCCGUGGGGGAAAGCAUGGUCGUAAUCAUCAAACCGCAAAUGGAUAGUCAGCCAAUUGCAGAUAAGGAAGAAAUCAAUUUCGCAAUCAAGGCUAAUGAUGUGGAUCUACUGAGGAGACUUCCACCCCCACCAACCUAUACAAAGUCUCCUCCAUAUAUCAUGUUGCCACCAAGCCGCAGGAAUGAGUCAAGGAUCCUGGACCUUGACCGAGCAAAAAUUCAAAUAGGAUGGGAGAACCGUAGGGAUUACCUUGUAGAGGAAGCGAAGAAGAGGUUAUGCACGUGGGGUAAACACAAAGAAGGGGCUGCGGCACAGGCAUCUGCGCUGUUUGUGUUCGGGGAUUCAACGGUGGAUGAUGGCAAUGCUAACUUCCUUAACUCCAGAGCUAAAUCCGAUUACUAUCCCUAUGGGGUGGACUUCGCCGGAGGAGCAACUGGCAGAUCUACAAACGGCAAAACCUUUGCCGAUCUCCUUGGAGAAUGGUUGGGUCUGCCUCCGCCUCCUCCCUUUGCGGACCCCAACACAAAUGGGACUAGAAUACUGGGUGGUGUGAAUUACGCUUCCCCCGGUGCCGGCAUCCUCGACGAAACUGCCCGACAUUAUAUGGACAGGUACACAUUGAGCCAACAAGUGGUGAAUUUCGAAAGCACUUUGAGCCAUUUAAGGACGAUGAUGAGUCCGGCCAAUGUAAGUAGCUACCUAUCAAAAGCAAUUGCGGUGGUUGUUAUUGGGAGCAACGACUACGUAAACAACUAUCUCAUGCCUUCUAUCUACCUUACUAGCUUCAACUACAAUACCUCCCAAUUCGCCACCCUUCUCCUCAACCACUAUACCAGACAACUUGUGGCAUUAUAUAGUGUUGGGUUGAGGAAGUUCUAUAUAGCAGGGAUUGGGCCGAUUGGUUGUACUCCAAACCAGCUAGUCACAGGCCAGGCCCAAACAGGGAGAUGCGUUGACUCAGUUAACCAGAUGCUUGGGAGCUUCAAUGAUGGUUUGAGAAGUCUAGUGGAGACGCUUAACAAUGGUGGACAUCCUGGAGCUAUUUUUGUAUAUGGGAACACCUAUGCUAUAAUGGGCGAUAUAUUGAACAAUCGUGCCAAAUAUGGGUUUUCUAUAUGGGAUAAACCAUGUUGUGGGAUAGGAACAAACAUGGGGCAAAUGACGUGUAUCCCAUUCUAUCCUCCUUGUGGAAAUAGGACUCAAUACAUCUUUUGGGAUGCGUUCCAUACGACGCAAAAUGUGAACGCCGUGCUUGCUCAGAGAGCCUACUCUGGACCACCGACUGAUAAUUAUCCUAUCAAUGUUCAGCAGCUAGCCACCAUUAACAUUUGAUAGUUGAUAUACUAUUUUCAACGUGAUAAUUUCAACUUCUCAUCUAUUAAUUCACUCUUGAGAUUUUAUUUUACAUGUCUUAUUAUCUUAGUUGUUAGUACUAGAUUCGUACCCGUGCGAUGCACGAGAAGAAUCUUUAU